GACCAAACUCCGCCGGGAAACGCGAGCGGGCGCGAGGCCCCGAGCAGAGUCCUGGGGGCCGAGCGAGGGUGGCGGCCGGGUCCCCGGCUGAGAACCCUGCCCCUGAGGCCCGGUCAGACGAUCGCGCCCUUCUUGGCGGGUCUCGCGUCCCCGCGGGACCCGCGCCCGGACCUCCGAGGUUGAGGCCUACGGGUCUGGCUGUCGCCGUCCUGCGGCGUCGGUCCGGCCAUCAGCCCGGAGCCCCGCGAGUUGGCCCGCGAGGAAGGCCGCCGGCCCGGGCCUCCCUCCGAGACUCGGGAGCCGCCGCUGCAGCACAAUUUAUUGGGAAUCAUUUACAACCCUGAGGAGUACUAGAGUGAGCCGGAGUAACCGCAGCAAAGAAGAGGCUCCAGUCGGAGGAAGUUAGCCUGCUGAAACCGGGACGGAAGGCUCAGCCCCGGGACAUCGAGUGUCGUGACAGGCUUGUAAACCCUGAUCAUGAAGGCUUAUUGACCGAGAAACUUGACUGUGGAAUGUCAACCGCUUAACCUCACUUCUGGACAAUAUGGAAGAAGAACUGGAAUUUUCAAACGCUUCCUCUGAAAAACGGUAUUUUCCUGAGUCCCUUGAUUCCAGUGAUGGGGAUGGGGAAGGGGUUUUGGCCUGUGAGGAUUUGGAACUUAACCCUUUUGAUGGAUUGCCAUAUUCGUCACGUUAUUAUAAACUUCUAAAAGAAAGAGAAGAUCUUCCUAUAUGGAAAGAAAAAUACUCCUUUAUGGAGAAUCUACUUCAAAAUCAAAUUGUGAUCAUUUCAGGAGAUGCUAAAUGUGGCAAGAGCUCUCAGGUUCCUCAGUGGUGUGCUGAAUACUGCCUUUCCGUCCACUAUCAACACGGGGGCGUGGUGUGCACACAGGUCCACAAGGAGACUGCGGUCCAGCUUGCCUUGCGGGUAGCAGACGAAAUGGACGUUAACAUCGGCCAUGAAGUUGGCUACGUGAUCCCUUUUGAAAACUGCUGUACCAGUGAAACGAUCCUGAGGUAUUGUACUGAUGAUAUGUUGCAAAGAGAAAUGAUGUCCAAUCCUUUUCUGGGUAGCUAUGGGGUCAUCAUCUUAGAUGAUAUUCAUGAAAGAAGCAUUGCAACUGAUGUGUUACUUGGACUCCUUAAAGAUGUUUUACUAGCAAGACCAGAACUGAAGCUUAUAAUUAACUCCUCACCUCAUCUGAUCAGCAAACUCAGUUCUUAUUAUGGAACCGUGCCUCUCAUAGAAGUGAAAAAUAAAUACCCUGUGGAGGUUGUGUACCUUAGUGGGGCUCAAAAGGAUCCUUUUGAGUCUAUUUUACGCCUUAUCUUUGAAAUUCACCACUCGGGUGAGAAGGGUGACAUUGUAGUCUUUCUGGCCUGUGAACAAGAUAUUGAAAAAGCUUACGAAAGUGUCUACCAAGAAGGAUCUAACUUAAAUCCAGAUCUUGGAGAACUGGUGGUUGUUCCUUUGUAUCCAAAAGAGAAAUGUACAUUGUUCAAGCCAAUUGAUGAGACAGAAAAAAGAUGCCAAGUUUAUCAAAGAAGAGUGGCAUUAACUACCAGCUCUGGAGAGUCUUUGAUCUGGAGCAACUCAGUCAAGUUUGUUAUUGAUGUGGGCGUAGAAAGAAGAAAGGUGUACAACCCCAGAAUAAGAGCAGACUCACUUGUCAUGCAGCCCAUCAGCCAAAGCCAAGCAGAGACACGCAGGCAGAUCCUCGGCUCUUCCCCUUCAGGGAAAGUUUUCUGUCUGUACACUGAAGAAUUUGCCUCCAAAGACAUGAAGCCACUCAAGCCAGCGGAAAUGCAGGAAGCCAACCUCACAAGCAUGGUGCUUUUCAUGAAGAGGAUAAACAUCGCGGGCCUGGGCCACUGUGACUUCAUGAACAGGCCAGCACCAGAAAGUUUGAUGCAAGCAUUGGAAGACUUAGAUUAUCUGGCAGCACUGGAUAAUGACGGAAAUCUUUCUGAAUUUGGAAUCAUCAUGUCGGAAUUUCCUCUUGAUCCACAGCUCUCAAAGUCAAUCUUAGCAUCCUGUGAGUUUGACUGUGUGGAUGAAAUGCUAACCAUCGCUGCCAUGGUAACAGCUCCAAAUUGCUUUUCACAUCUGCCACAUGAAACUGAGGAGGCUGCCAUGACUUGUUGGAAGACAUUUUUACAUCCCGAAGGAGAUCAUUUUACCCUCAUCAACAUUUAUAAGGCCUACCAAGAUACGACUCAGAAUUCUACCAGUGAGCACUGUGUUGAAAAGUGGUGUCAUGAUUACUUCCUCAACUGUUCUGCACUCAGGAUGGCAGAUGUUAUCCGAGCUGAACUCUUAGAAAUUAUCAAACGAAUCGAGCUUCCCUAUGCAGAACCUGCUUUUGGCUCCAGAGAAAACACUCUGAACAUAAAGAAAGCUCUUCUCUCUGGUUACUUUAUGCAGAUUGCUCGGGAUGUCGAUGGGUCUGGGAACUACUUGAUGCUGACACAUAAGCAGGUUGCUCAGCUGCACCCCCUGUCCAGUUACUCUGUCACCAAGAAGAUGCCGGAGUGGGUCCUCUUCCACAAGUUCAGCAUAUCUGAGAACAACUACAUCAGGAUUAUCUCAGAGAUCUCUCCUGAACUAUUUAUGCAACUGGCACCACAGUACUAUUUCAGUAAUCUGCCUCCUAGUGAAAGUAAGGAUAUUCUACAGCAAGUAAUGGAUCACCUAUCCCCUCUUUCAACCAUGAAUAACGAACAGAAAAUGUGUGAAACGUGCCCUGAAACUACUGAGCAGAGAUGCACUGUACAGUGAGCCCACCAACCACGGGCACAGCAGUGUCCCCAACAGCCAGAGGGGCAGCAGCCUGCUGCAGUGAGGUGUGGACGCUUACCAAGAAGAUGGAGAUCAUACCCCACAAAAUAGGCUUGAGAAAAACAUUUUGUAUAUUAUUUUAAAAUAAAAAAUAGUUUUUAUUGAGUUCUUUAAAUUACUACUCCAUUUUUUUCUUAUUGGAAAAAUUUUAAAUCAACCAUUCAUAAUUUGACCAAAAUUUCAAAAAAGAUAUUUUAUAAAUGUGAACAGACAUGUGGGACAGAACCCUACUUUUUGUAGAGGAUCUUAAUCUGAAUAAAGUCAUGAGUUUUUCAGUAAA